GAGUAGUUGCUUAAAUAUAUUGUUUUAGGUUUUCUCUGAUGAUUGCAAUCCAGCGUUUAAUAAGUUGAAAAUAUCUUAAAUUUAUAAUUAUUUGAACUCUUAAACCUCUUCUUAGCACAAUGACCCGAGCAAAGUCUGGCUUAUAAGCUCGAACGAGUUUAGUUCUAACAUUCUUUUAAAAGCUUUCUUCUAUGGGUUAAAAGCUUAAAUGUUUGAAAAAAUCAAAUAUAUUUUCAUAGACAAAGGUUAAUUUACUUAUUGACGCUAGCCGGAUGAGAGUGUCAGAGUUUUGCGUACGAAGUGUAGUGUAUAUCAUGGAAAUUUCUGUUAAACAAUUCCAUCAUAAUUUUGUGAAUAAAUUUUUCGGCAUUUUACUUUUAUUAAUUAUUUUAAACAAUCAUCCUUGUGCAAAAUGCGAGUUUUACUCGUCGGUUCAAGAAUUAUCAAAAUUAUUCAAGUAUGAGACAUAUUUUUUAACUAAUAUGGAGAAGUUUAUCAAGGAAAACGAAAAUAAAUUGGUAUUUUUGAAGACGUGAGUACUAAAUCAAAAGAUGAAUAUCAUAUAAACAUUUAGUAUAUUUUUAAUAAAAUAGACGACUUAUAGAAAUGGAAACUGAACACGAUGAAGCGCUUUCGAUUGGAUUAGAGUACUUUGAAAAUCCCGUUAAUAAAUAUCUGUUAACAAAGCGUCUUUUAGUAGAUUGGGAGCGGGUGCAAAACUUAAUUGAACAUAAAUCUGGAAAAAAACAUUUGGAUAAAAUCAAAAAAAGUAUGCAAAAAGAGAUGUUUCCUGAUGAAUCGGAAUUGAGAGGAGCUAUCGAAGGAUUUUUACGUUUGCAAGACAUAUAUCGGUUAAAGACUAACGAUAUGGCCUCUGGUGUACUGCAGGGUAGAGUGUAUCCUACUUAUUUAGAUGCGUCACUCUGUUUCGAUAUAGGUCAACAAGCCAGUAAUAUUAAUAAACCAAAACUGGCACAUUCUUGGUUUUUGAAAGCUUUGGACAAAAAUGGUGAUCCUAACAAAACUAAUUUAACACUGCAGAUUAAAAUUCUUGAUUCGCUGGCUCAAAGUAAAAUUGUGUUGAGAGAUUUUAGAGGUGCAAAUCAAAUAUAUAUGAAAUUGCUAUUGCUAACACCGGAUAAUAAAGCAUUUGUUAAGAAAUAUGCCAGCUUCCUAGAAAAAUAUAGGAAACAGAUUAUUUUAGAAGUGGACUUAAUGGAUGAACACGAGCCACUACCUGUUAAUAUGUACAAUCUUAGUGAAGAUGACGCCUAUAAGUUAACUUGCAGUGGAUAUUUAAAACGUAGUGCUAGUGAAGAACGGUACUUAAGGUGCGGAUAUUUAACAGAGACACAUCCCUUUUUAAAUUUAGCACCAAUUAAAGUUGAGGAACUAAACCAUGAUCCUUUGUUGGUACUUUAUUAUGAUAUAAUAUCCGAUAAUGAGAUUGCGGUUAUGAAGGAGUUGGUUCAUAACAGAAUUCAAAGAGCGACCAUUAUUGGACAUAAUGGCUCAGUUAUAUCUCCCGUUCGAACUAGUCAGUUUGUUUUCUUACCAAAAUCUCAACAUAGAUUGUUGGAAACGAUUGAUAGACGCGUGGAAGAUAUGACGAAUCUUAAUAUGCUUUAUUCAGAAGAUCAUCAGUUUGCAAAUUAUGGUGUCGGUGGACACUAUGCACAACAUUAUGAUUGGUUUUACAAUGCAGAUAAAUCCUUAAUAGCAUCUCCAGAGAUGGGAAACCGCAUCGGAACAGUUUUGUUUUAUCUUAGUGAUGUCGAACAAGGCGGAGGAACAGCGUUUCCGCACUUAAAGACGCUGCUGAUGCCUAAAAAGGGAACAGCAGCAUUUUGGUACAAUUUACAUGCUUCGGGUGAUGGUGAUAUGCGUACUUUACAUGGUGCUUGUCCUAUAAUUGUUGGAUCCAAAUGGGGUACAUCUUAA